GGUGUGGGGCGUUCUCCCUCACCUUAUUCUCCUCUUUCUCUUCAUUAUCGCACUUUCUUUCCCUCUGUCUCUGUAUCACUCAGUCCAUCUCUGAAGUCUGAACGACAAAAACAGCGCCCAGCAGGGAACAUCUGGAAAGCCUUUGUCUGUAUGAGCCAGACUCAAGGCAAAGGUGAUCUCUGCAGCAAUGGAGUGCUUCAAUGAUGUGCUCCUUAAAUUGCGGGAGAUCCAUGAGCGAGAAGUUGAGGGUUGGCAGGUGAAAGUCCAAGAGCUGUCCAACAAGAAAGGCUGUGAUACUAAGCGAAUGGAGGAACUGUUCACCAGAAACCAGCAGAUGAAAGAGCAGCACAGAUUACUCACUGAGAACAUCAAGACACUGGAAAACAGGCUGAGAGCGGGGCUGUGUGACAGAUGUACAGUAACUCAGGAGGUAGCGAAGAGAAGACAGCAGGAAUAUGAAGCCUCACAGAUACAGAGCCUGCAGCACCUCUCUCUAAUGGCGGGAGAGAUGAACAACCUGAAAAAGGAAAACAAGAGACUUAGAGAUGAAAUCAGGAAUUUAAGAGCAGCGAUGGAAGGUCACAGUGACCACUCCUCAAACAGCAGCUCCAUCAUAGAGGUCAAACCAAACAGCUCCCCUGACCUUUCACCCCCUUCUGGACCUGUGGCCCUUGUCAAUAUGGCAACCAGCAGGGCCAGCAACCAACCAUUAGAUGGCAAUGUUGGAGUGAAAACUGAGACAGACCAAAGACCUGAGGAAACUGAGCACAGACAGCUGAGAGGGACAACCAGAGGCCACUUUGAGUCAUACAAGCCUCCUUCAUUGUCAGCUCCCUGGAAGACAGACCAUAGUAUAACCCGUGUUGGAGAGAGAAGAGCUCAGAGUAUUGAAGGACUAGAUCAGCGAUUGUCCAUCCCUCCUCAAGCUCUCCUUCUUAAGCACUCUUCUUCCUCAGCUGGUGAAGUCAACACCAGUAGGCACGUGCUCCACACUCCUGUCCCCUGCCGUCCUCAACCAAUCAAGAACAGCACACUCCCCUGGCCCUUAUCUGAAUCCUCUGACUGGGUUACUGUGGCUGCUGCAGGCACAAACCAGGUGAUACAGCCCUCGUCCAAACCAAAUAUGCCACGCUUUCCCAACCUGAUCCCAACAAACCAACAUGCCAGCCCUAGAAGGCAGGUUUCUGGGUCUCCAUGGAACAAACACAGCACUCCUCAGCCCCCAGUAAAAGAGCCAACUGUAGUGUUCAGGCUAAGGACUCUGUCAGAGCACAUAGAGAGUCAAAUUAAGCCAAAGGAGAAAAAGGAAAUUCAACCAACUAAGGUUGAGAUGGUCUCUGGAGAAGGGUUUAAAGAGAUGAAUGAGGGGCCCCUGGACCUAUCGGAUAGAGGAAAGUCCAAAUCCAGCCAAAAGCCAAGAGAUGAUUCACCCAUAGUCUUGCAAAGUGAAGAGACAGUACGGAAGAGCCCUGACAAGGAUGUGAAAACAAAUUUAUCUGCACAAGUACCAGUGUCAUCACCUUCACCUGUUGUACUACCCUCAUCCUCAUCUACACCACCAGUCAAACAAGAGGAAGAGCCUACCAGUGAUCAUAACCACAAGCAGGUAAUCAAAGAUCAGGAGCAGAAGGAGGAAGUGAAUGGAAAGGCAGACCAAAGCAACGAGAAGAAGGUGCCUGUCCUCACUAUAUCAUUACGCCCAGUAGUAGUGCUGGAGACUCUGAAUUCUGCUCUGCAACAAGAAGCCUUAUCAUCAAAUGGCAAGUCAUCAUCACCUGCAGUCGAGCCAGGAAGCAGCUCAGACGAGCAGGACAACAAGGACGAGGAGGAGAGUGUGUCAGGCCAAGAAAGUAAGCAGGGCUGCAAGAGGAAGAGGGCAUCUGUGGAGACAGAAACUGACCGAGACUCAGACACAGACAAUGUCCAGCAUGGAGGGAAAAUCAAGAUCACAGUCAGAACAGAGGAGAAGAGCCCCUCCUAAAGCUAAUGAUAUCACAUUGUCCUGGUGAUCUCUCUCAGACCUGCAUUAACUGACUGGUUUGGCCACUUGGGGGCAGCGCAUCAAGCUGAAUAAGGGAAGUGAUAAAUGAGGCAGACAUAUCAUCACCUUAUAAAGUUGAUAGGGCUAACAAAUUAGCAAACAAUGGAAAAUGUAUACAUCCUGAGGACAUGGAGCAUCCUUAGCAUUAAAUUGGAGCGUCAUCUCUGGCCACCUACUGUAAAUCCAAUAUUGACACUACUUUCAGAUCUUGGUGUCCACUGCUGCAGGAAAUAUCCAUCUUUAGCUGUAAAAUGCUCCACUGUGUUCACCAGUUUGUUACUAACUUUGACUGUCUGCUCUUGGAGUGGUGAACCAAAAGUGUAAAGUUGCAAGCCAUAAAAUUGAAUGAUUGGCUCUUUAAAUCUUCAUAGAGCUCAGGGGAAAUGCAGAGUUGGUCAUAAUUCUCUAUCAGUUCAUCAUUAGGAGCAACUCAUUUCACACACACAUACUCAUCUGACCCAUUGUUAAUAUAAAAAUUUUUAUUAUAGCAGCUUUAAAAAAAGAAAUGAUUACCAUAGCUUUAAACUUUCCUCUUGGCAUUUCUAAACAUCAGGGUUUUUCCCUGUCUUUGGCCUAGUAUGCUGCAUAACAGGCUCCAGCUUCUUCUCAUCAGUCUGAACAAGAGUAAGUGAAUGUAAAAGAUGAAAGGCAGGAAAACUGAUGACAUCAAUAAACAAAUUCAAACAUGGUGGAGACUUUGAUGAGUAUUUAUAGGUCGGAAGUGACUUGUUUUCUAUUAGCUUCUCAUUACUUAAUUUAUCUGCCACUGAAAAGAAGAGCACAAGGCUCUCUAUCUGUCACCAAGUAAAAGUAAAUUUACUACUUCAUUAACAAUAUAGCAGUUUUAAUAGCAAAUAGACACAAUGCAGAAGUCAGUAGAGACCCUUAAGGAUGGCCCUGUUUGUUGAUAGAAAUCCAAUAACAUCUCAAAAUACAUUUAUAAAUUGAAAUGCCUCACACCUUUAAAAGACAAGGAAAUCAAGAUAAGAGAAUGCUGCUAUUGUAGUUGCUAAAACUUCCUCCAUGUAUUGUUUGAAGUUUGUAUAUGUCAGCAGUCUGCUAAGAAAAAUCUGCAUACACUAUCAGGGACAUUCCAGUAUUAGACAGUGUUUUAUGUCAUGUAAACAUAUUCUAUUGGUUAUUGAGUUCGCCAGUACAGUGGUGACACAAAUACAAAUUCCAUUUCCGCAUGGACUCAUCAAAUCCAAAAUAACAAUAAUUUAAUGAAACUCUUCCCAUCUGAAUAAAACAUUGCCAAAUGCCAUCACUCAACCAAAACCUGAACCAUAACUAAGGCUUAAUGCAGAAUGUUAAAGUGCACAAACAUUAGUAUUCUGUUUACAGCUUCCAGCUGUCUAGUGAAGAACUUAGACACAGUCAGGCUGAGAGAGUCACACAUUUUGCAACACAUACCAGCCCAUUUUCACAACUUAAGAUUAAACAGCCACUCGGAAUGCGGCCCGCUGAAGACGGGGGUAAUAGCUGAAAGUUUUAGGUAAGUCAUAGAUAGUCAGAUUAGUUACUCUCACUUACUGGACUGAUCCAGGCCAGUAACUAACAUUUGACCUUUGAUCUUACAUUUCUGAUUAAGAGUCACUGAAAUGUUAAAAAUAACUAUGCCACCUAAUGAGGAAUUGACAGAAUUUUCUAUUUUUCCUUAAAACCAAACAAAGUAAACCAAUCAGUGUUUGAGUGUCAUCUGGUAAUGCCAAAAACUAUAGUCUUCCUGUCCAAUACUCACCACACACUAGUCUAGUAUUUAUAGUUAUUUCACUUUCCUGGCAUUGCUGUCACUGCCUGGCUAUUUUUGCCACAGAGUCCCCCUCCUCUUACCCUGUCUUUUUUUUUCUCAGCAAAAAAGAGGAGAAAAACAUGUUCCUCUUCCUCUUUUUCAUUUUCAGAAUGCACAUAUUUUGCAAGUACUAACUUUCCACUCACAGCUGUGACGGCUUGUGUUAAGCUGGGUGGAUGGAGGAGAUAAAAGAGAGUGACACAGUCGCUUAAAUAACCUAUACUUUUGUGGUACAACAUGGUAAUAAAAUAUUUCUAAACUGAGAUGUCCUAAUCAAUACAGAAUCAGCCAGUUUUACUUAAAAUUUAAAAAUUUUCUUUCUCAAAAGUGUGCCCAUUUUACUAUUCCGUGUGUGACUGCCCCAACACAUGCAAUCCAAAUGCAGUUAUAUUGAUUUCUACUGUUUCUGUCAUGUCUCGCUAAUGCCAUUAGAGUCCAUUAAGUACAGUACUUGGUCAAUGGUCAGUGGACAAAAUAGACUUCCCCUGCCAUUCAAAUCUCUCUGUUAAUUAAAAUGUGAUUGAUUGUGAUACUGUAAGUGUACUGCUUUUACAGUGUAUCAAGCUAAAUGCUGUGUUGUUGAGAGAUCUUCACAGAUAUUUUCUAGAAUUAAAUAGACUUAGACUUAGACAGACUUUAUUGAUCCCUUUGGGAUGACUCCCUCAGGGAAAUUAAUUUUUUUGUUUGUUUGUUUGUUUGUUUGUUUGUUUUUUUUAGACAAGAUAUAAUGCACAGUGUUGUAUGAAUGUGCUACUUCUGAUUCUGAAUUAAAUUUCUGUUCUUGAA